GUUUGAGAAGCUGAACACUGUAACCAACAUCUUGCUGGUGAACCUGGUGGUGUCCUCCCUGAUCUUCAUGAGCAGCCUUCCCUUCAUGGGUGUUUACAUGCAGCUCUCCAACUGGAUCUUCGGCAAAGUCAUGUGCAAAAUUGUUGGCAGUGUCUACUACCUGGGCUUCUACAGUUCUGUCCUUUUUCUAGCUCUUUUGACCUUCGACCGACACCUUGCAGUUGUGUACUCCUUGAACGUGUCACAAGUGAGGAAUCAAAAAUAUGCAGUAGUCUCCUGCGCUGUGGUGUGGCUGGUCAGUGGCCUGGCAUGUGUCAAGCAAAUGAUUCUCCACACCACAUUUACUUAUUUUAUUGACAACAAAACAUACUGUCAUGACUAUCCUGGUGAGAUAUCUCAUAUUAAUGUGAGGCUGCUGAGAGCAUCUGGAUUUUACCUUCAACUUUUCCUUUUUUUAAUCUUCCCUCUGGUUGUUAUCAUCUACUGCUACGUUAGGAUUGCUAUCACUGUCAUUUCAUCCAAGAUAGUUACCAAGUUCAAGACAGUCAGGUUAAUAUUCAUCAUUGUCCUGUUGUUUUUUAUUUGCUGGACCCCAUUCAAUAUUGCACUGCUGAUGCAUGAUGAAGCUACAUCCUGUGAGGAAUCACAGAAAAGGGGCUAUGCUCUUCAUGUCACUCGUAAUAUUGCCUACAUUUACUUUUGCAUCAGUCCCAUCUUCUACACAUUUGUUGGGAAAAAGUUUCAGAACUAUUUUAGACAGCUGCUGGUGAAACAUUUCCCCGGGUUAAAGAGGCAUGUUUCUGUCAGUCAACAGAGCAGAACCAAUAUGUCCACAAAAAGUACACUAAAUGAGCUUUAGGAAGGGGAGAUGUUUGUUUCUCAGUAGUGCCAUGUGUUCAACAAUGGGUUUAAAAACAACUGAACAACAAACAGCUGUAAGAGUUUGUAUUCUUCUUAGAUUGUAGCGGUGGAAAGUAACGAAAUACAAGUAGGGACACCGUUUUGCCUAUAGCAGGAUUAAAACUGAAAUAACCGACUUCUGUGCCCAACCCUAGUGAGAAACAAAUACGUGCUGUAUAAAAAUUUCAUGAGACAUUUCGAUAUGACACAGUUUGGUUAGCUAUGUUGCUAAUUUCACCAUUCACAUGUCGUUUAGGAGAUGUGUUUAGAGAUGGUUCCACUCCUGCUCUGCAUAUACAAAUCUUUUUCUUCUGUCUUUUCCUGAACUGUUUGUACAUGAUGCACCAGUGAUUUCCAAGGUUUGGUCUUGUGUGGCUUUCCUAUUCCAGCAGUUCAUUUACAAAUCCGUUUUGGUGACAUUCUGCAUUGUGCAUGUCACAAAAAAUGUAAGCGUAGGGAAAUAUUGUGGCUAUGGUAAGAGUAGGGAAAUAUUUUGGCAAUGGCAAAUAACCUAAAAGUAAGGUGUGGUUAAGUUUAGGGAAUUAAACACUUGGUUAAGGUUAGGAACAGACAGUAAGACAGUAAUUGGUGGAAUAUUUGGAGGGAGAGAGAUAGCAAGUUCCAUUUUGAGAUGUAAAAUAACAGGAAAGGUGGUAGUGGUACAGAGAUCAAUGAAAAUGAAAAAUAGUAAUAGUAAUGAUAGCAAUGUCAAUGAUAAUAAUAAAAGGCUAAUUAUAAUUGUAGCAGCUGGUGUCGAGCAAGUACAUGGGGGCAGCAGGGAGCCACAGAUGCAGACCCCAAAGAUUCAGACCCCACAGCUCUGAAGCCAGAAACACCUGCAGAAAUUGGUGGAAGGAGAGAGGAGAAGGACGAGAAUGACUGAUAGAGAGGGAAGAAGUGGAGUUAGUAACAUGGAUUAAUGGGAUAAGAAUGCCUACAGAUGGAGAGGGAGAGGAGGAGAGAGGAACCUUACUCCUUACUUCCCCUUAGCUACAUAAAGUGCACAGGCACUCAACAUUGACACUGGACAUAGAUGAUGUGCUGCAGAUUUGUUCAAUAUGAACAUAAUUACUAUGAACGCUUACAACUAUAUCAAAAGUUAGUUAAAGUUAUAGUUCUGCCUUGAGACACUUUGUGGAGAACUAUUUAUGGUCAGCUUGGGCCGUUUUUUCCCUGCAAGCAUCCUUUGGCAGAAGAGAUUAUUGACAGCGCUGAUGAUGUUAAACAAAGGCCAAGUUUUCUGGUGCUAUUAAGAAGUAGCUGCUGGUCAUCUCUGCUACAAACCUCCUGCUCACCAUGAUCAUCUUUGCCUAUCACAGUGAAUGAAACUAUGGUAUUUAAGUGUGUCAGCCCACAUUUGGUCAUACUGCACAUUUUUCACACAACAUAAUAAGUUAUCUGCACCAGCAAGCAUGACAGAAUUAGAGAUUUUGAGCUUUAAGACAAGAUUUAUUUGAUAGAGACAUAAUACAACCACCCUAUCCCUACAUGUAAAGGGAUUUGAAUGUUAUGCCAAAAGUGGUUAGCUCUGUGUAAUUACAUACAUACAUAUUGCCUUACUAGUAGCCACAUUACCUUACAUCUCUAUGUGGAACUUGCAUGGUGCUACUGUGUGUUCUCUCUCCUCCCGCUCUGUACUAUACUACUGAAGUGAUAAAGAACUUUCCAGGUAACCCUUAAUUUGGAUUGUCCAAAGCUGAUACUAAUGCUACUACACCUUACUAAAAUGUCACUAUGAUUUGUAAAAAAAAAAACAAACACGUAUUUGUGCUUAGUGUAAGAUAGCACCUGACAUUAGAUCAUCUAUAGGCUAUCCUAAUAUAGUGCGCUUCUCCAAAAACAAUGAAUCAAGUGUGCACACUCAUUGUCCAGUCAUUUUCCACGUGACCUUGAACCUGCUUUGGACUAUUUGUGUUUUGAUUUUGUCCAUGUUUUAUGCUGGUAUUAUUUUUUAAAGAUUUGCAUUUAUUAGAUGUGUUUAUAAUGACUCAUGUUCUUUGGAAAAUGAUUUAAAAGUAUGAUUCAUUUAUCAAACAUUUAUCAAGCACAUUUUAGAUGGAAAUUACACAGUGAGGGUGCUGCUCCCAAAAAAGGGAGUUAAAAGCUUCACAGUUGUGUUUGGUUUGGUUUGGCUCUCACUCAUUGCUGUCUGUAUCUAAGCUAUUUCAAUAAAUCCAUAGCUGGCUACA